GAACGCACCGACAACCGGUGCAUGUUACAUUGAACAAAUAUUUCCAACUGCCAAUUAUUUCGUAUAAAAUUCUGGUUAAAACAUCCAUGCAAAGCCACAAGUUCCGAUGGUGACAUCAAACAUGAAAGUCAACAAAAAGCUGUUGCCUGUAAAAGGGCAUUAUUUUCUUUUCAAUGCAGGAACUGCACCCUUAGUCCCUUAUCUCUCCACAUAUGCCCGGCAACUAGGAUUCUCUUCCGCCACGGUGGGCCUGAUCUACACAAUCCUGCCAAUAUUUGGACUUGUAGCAAAACCUCUUUUUGGAGUUAUUGCUGAUAGAUUUAGGAUACAGAAAUCAAUUUUCAUACUAUUUCAAAUUGUAACAAUUGUGAGCUUCGGCGCCAUAUACCUAAUACCGGUGUCCGACAGCCUUGCCACCGUGGGUAUUUCCUGCAGUAGUGGAUUAUCUUACCUGCAGAGCCGUUAUCUGGAGGAGACAAUGAUAGAUUGGGAUAAAUUAGACAAGCUAGGCAAAGAAAACGGCACGGCGGCAUGUCAGAUGACAUGCGACAUGACCUCACCUAAGAUGUGGCAAACGAUAUGCGAACACUGGCACAUACCACAGUACUGUUAUAGUGCCACAGACAGCAUAAACUAUACGGCGUAUGUGGCCAGCUCCACUGUGCGCGACAACUGUGCUUAUAUAGUGGCUAACAAUGUCUCGUUAGAAGGCCAAUUUUACACCCCCCGCUGUAAUAUUGGAAGCGACUACGUGGACAUAAACGAGCCCUGUAACCUGCAGUGCGACAACGCCGCCCUGUCCGGGGUGAUAGGCGGUCGCGCCGCGAACAUGACUUGCGGGAAUCAGACUCUUAACUAUAAACUAUGUGUGAACGAUACGUCGUUGGAGAAGAUGCCUGCGAAUGUUAGCAGUAAAUGUGAGGCGCAUUGCAACCUAGACUCGACGACCCCAUGGCGUCUCAUGGAAAUCUGCGAUGGUUGGUACGCCGAUGACGCCGAGUCCUGCCAGCCGAAGACUAGGCAGGGGCAGGCGCUGCCAUCCGAACUGUCAUUCACUGGAUACGUGGAACUAGAGACCGCGACUAACGUUAGCAGCUACAUUUAUGUUAGACUUAAAAACGUGGCCAUUCCUAACGGUGAUUCGGAGUCUGUACAUUAUCCAUAUUGCGCUUCACACGAGUUAUUCCAGACGUCGUGUAAAAUAAAUUGCAAUAACGCUCAGUUGAACGAGUUGUUCCAAUCAGCGACAGAGAGCCUCAGCACGGGUAGCCAGUAUACCGGGCAGUUCUGGAUGUUCUUCGUGCUCAUGGUGCUCAGCUGGGUGGGCAUGGCCGUCGUCGUUACCUUCGCUGAUGCCAUCUGCUUCAAUAUUUUAGGUGCGAAAGUGUCCCAAUACGGCAAGCAGCGCCUAUGGGGCUCAGUGGGCUGGGGUAUAUUCUCUUUGCUCACUGGCGCCCUCAUAGAUGUGUUCAGCGAGGGCGAGUACAAGAACUACGCGGUCGCGUUCGUGCUCAUGUUCGUGUUCAUGCUCGGUGACGUCAUCGUGUCGUGUUUCAUAAAGAUCGAAUCCACAAAAAUGUCCGUCAGCAUUCUCGCCGAUGUCGGAUCCCUGCUAUCCUCUCUACCCACUGUGAUAUUCUUUCUAUGGACGAUAGCAGUCGGUCUCUGCACGGGACUGCUGUGGUCGUUCCUUUUCUGGCAUUUAGAGGACAUUUCGAAGCAGAACGGCAGUGGCUCGGAGUACGACAAGACUCUGCAAGGCCUGGUCAGCGCUAUACAGACGUUUGGAGGGGAGAUACCGUUCAUGUUUGUGUCUGGUUUCAUCCUAAAGCGUUUAGGUCAUAUAAACAUGAUGACCCUUGUGCUGUUCGCGUUCGGCGUGCGCUUUAUACUUUACUCGCUGUUGACCAACGCGUGGUGGGUUCUGCCCAUAGAGAUGUUUCAGGGCAUCACCUUUGGCAUGUUCUACCCCACCAUGGCGUCCUACGCUAAGGUCGUAUCGCCGCCCGGCACUGAAACCACUGUGCAGGGGCUAACGGGAGCGAUAUUCGAAGGCGUCGGCACUUCCCUAGGCAGUUUCAUCGGCGGCCUCCUCUACGACCAAUACGGGAGUUGGAAGACGUUCCUAUGGUUUGGGAUCGGGUCCCUCGUUUUCUGCGUCGUCCACGUCGUAGUCCAGUGCCUGGUGAAGGACAGAACGGCAGGAACACCGCAAGGUGGCUACAUGUCCAUCAUAAGAUAUGAGCAGCCCGGAGAUAUGGUGUGUAUAAUGGAGGAUCACCUAGAAGGCAGGGAAAUGCAGUUGCGGUAGUUACAAAAACAUAUAUUAUGUAUACUGAGACUACUUGACUUAGUGAGUUUUGGAUCGGUCAUAAUCAUAAGACGUUGACAACUGGCGCACCAAUUAGGUACUUACGUGGCAAAUUGUGUGAAAGAAACGCAGCGCAUAAGUCAUGUUACUGCGGAUACGCUGCGUGCAGUUCCGGUGUGGUAUGUCCUUUAUUUGUAUUUAAGUGAUUGUGUGUGUUUAAUACAAUAUUAGAGCGAUUUAUUUAUAAUAGCAAAGAGAAUAGAGAGUAUAGAGGGGUCCUGUCAUAGUAAAUUUUGUGGUCACAGUAAAUUUACUGCCAUCGCUCGACACACGACUAAAACUCAAACUGAAAACGUAUAAAAGUAUCAAAAAAAUUAUAUAUAUCGAUAAAUAAUUUUAUUAUUUUUAUAUCAUUGUGACCCAUGUUCAUUCACUGAUAUCUAUGUGUUAAAAUUGUUAAAUAUGAAACGGUGUUACAAAACAGCGUUAUGCCUAGCUUACACGAUUGCAAAAUAAUAGAUAAUAGUUAAAAUAUAAUUAGUAUAAUUACUCAAGUUGAAACACUGCACAGUAUGCUCGUCGUACAAGAGCAAUAUAUGAAAUGCUUUGCUUUUUACAAAAAAAAUAUUAAUGAACGAACCCCGACAAUUUUUUUGUCAUUUCAACGUUUAUAAAUUUAAGAAAAAUAUAUUCUUGAAAUAUUACCGCUUGGUGGCGGUUGCCUGUAACUAUUACGGUGUAUCUUGCGAAUGUUAUUUAAAAGGUUAUAUGUAUCUAGGGAUAUAGGUUUACCCAACAGUUCCACAAGGUGGCUGUAAUUUUUAAUUAUGUUUCAUACAUUUUUGUUACUUAUGCCGGUUGUGGUGUGGAUAAUUUUAUAGUCCUUUUAGUUUAGUGCAUAAUUAGUUCCUGUGAUUUAAGUAGUUUAAGGAGGUACAUAUUCAUUUAUUCAUAAAUAGGUAUCUUCGUAGGUAUUUUUAAUUUAGUAAAGUAUGUAUUUACUAUAAGUAAUAACUACUAUAACUAGGUUAAGAAACAUUGGUGAGUGAGAAUCUUAUAUCAUGUCUUCGUAAUUGUGUUCCCUUAGGCCUUGUGUGCCCGGUGGACGCCGUACAGCAUCCUUUGCAUAAGGGGCUAUUCAUAAAUUACGUCAUUUCAAAUUAGGGGGGGGUCUGGACAUCGGAUGACGGUAGCACGAAGUAGGAGGAAAUGGGAUCAUUUGAAGCAUGAUUUUUGGAUGAUUAUGGGGGGGGGGGGGGGGUCAAAAAUCGACAAAAAUCGAUGACGUAAUUUAUGGACAGCCCCUAAGGAUAGAUCGUGACGUUGUACAUACGCAGAAAAUAUUAUCUGUGAUUACAGAGCUUAGUCUCUUUUAAAAAGUGAACCGAGUUGAUUGCAAAUUGGUUGUAUUGUAAGUUUUUCUUCGCAAUUAAAUGUAUUAUACAUUAUACAUAUUAUAUUGAAGGUAAUUGUUGAACGAAAAGUUCAGUCCAAAGAUGGGUCCAAAGUUGUGCAAUUAAUUGCAUUUUUUUUAUUGUGAUGUGACUUCAUAAGAGGCAUAUAAGUUGCGUUUCAUCAUUCGCAUCCCGCGGGCUAUUGCGAGUGGGGCUUCUAAUAGUCGAACCCCGAAUAUUGGGCAUUAUAUUCCAAAUGUACCUAGUACAACUACACUUUUUAUUCAGAUUUGGGACUUUUUAUGUCACUUCUACUCAGAAUCACGGGCUGUCCCAAAAUUUUUAUUUCCUAUCUUUAUACGACAGUAACGUAAGGGACAGAACGAAAAAUGUAUGAAAAUUUUGGGAAACAUUUUCUCCCAUUAGAAUCAUAAGAGCUCCUUAUUCUGAAAAGAAGUAACAUACCUAAAUUUACAAACUUAAAAAAAAAAGUGUACAAAAUAUACCUAAAAUGGCCCAUAUACAAGAUUGGUGCUGUUGCUCUUUAGAAUAAUCACGUAACCAAUAUGAAAAACCGUGUUUUGUCCGCACAAGCGACACACAGGUCAAUUGGAACGAACACUAGAGUGAUAUCAGAAUGACAUGAUGACAUUUAACUGAUGUCCUUCAGUUCUCGUGCAUUUAGUCCGCCCCAUGUAUUGGCAUGUGGUCAGAGGCGUAUUUACCCCCGGGCCAUCCGGUCCCUGGCCCAGGGCGCCAACUUCCUGGGGCGGCAUUGCAUUUUGUUUUACUAGUUUGACAUCUGAGGCGGCGAAACGUAUUGGCCCGGGGCGCCAAAUUUCAAAAUAUGCCCCUGCGUGGGGUGGGCAAGACGCUCGAUAACUAAGUACUUACCUAAUAUAAUUGUGAUGUGUAAUUAAGUGUACGUUCUGAUUGGCCUGUUAGUCCCACCAGAACCUCAAGGGCGAGGCAUCGUGGUGGGGCUGUUUAGAAUCGGCUGAAAGCAUGUUCGAUACCUAUUUUUGUUUAAUUAUUUUUUUAAAUUUUCUAAUAUUUGAAAAAUAAAGAAUAUUCAGAUUUAAGAAAGUAAUAUUCUUUAAAGAUAUUAUUGUGAUUCUGAUCCAUAGACAUGCUGAUUUUGAUAGUGUUGUACUUUGCUACUGUAUUUUGCUUUAGAUGUGUUUUUGUUUGAUUCAGAAUUGCUGUUGUUCAUAUUUUCCAAGAGACAUUUUGUUAUACAUACAUAAUUAUGUACUUAAAUAUAGUUUUUGUGCUGUCACAAAUAUUAUAUACAAUAUGUUUAUACAUUACCUAUAAUGACAAUCUUGUUGUUGAUAGUAUAAUUGCGUCCAUAGAAGAUAAAAGUUCGCUGACAUGUUUGUUUUGUAGAAAGAACUUUACGAAGUUAAGUUUAGUUACUAUUUCCAUGAUGAAAACUUACCUAUCCUGAGGGCCUACCGCGAACCACGUUCGACGCUCCCUGUCGUACUUGUAAAUUCGUACGUAAGUGUGACAGGGAGGCAACACGUCCAAUUCGGUUCGCGGUAGGCCCUCUGUUCAUACGAUAGUCUGAUGUCUCGAAAGCGACCUUCGUGUAAGGUUGAUUGAUAUAAGCAGAAUAGGUAUAAAUAUUUUUUAAUCUUAAGUCUUUAAAUAUUUUUAACUAUAGCAAUAGCUGGAAAAUUGAUAAAAUUUGUUGAAUGCCUAAAAUGUAGACCCGUCAAAAAGUAACAUGGGCCCAAGAUCAGAGAAAAUAGUUCUCAAGGAAAAUGCAAAAAGAUGAAUAAAAGUUUCGGUCAGUAUUCCUGUCAUACACAGCCGUGAUAUGUGCUCCGUACCUUACUAUACAAAUAAAAAUAUGACUGAAAGUAGGUAAAUAUGCUCAAAGUACUGGUACUUACAUUAUGCAUAUCGAGUAUUAUACCGGUGUGUAACACGAGCAAAUAAUUAAAACAUAGAUUGUACUCCUCAAACGGUGACACUUUUGUUCAACUACUUUUAAAAAUUAUGAAGUAUUUAGACUCCCUAUUUUUCAUACAAAAUAAAUGUUAUCUUCAAUGGACGCCAUCGCCACGCCAUAUCAUUGUGAUUGACGUUGCUUGUCACGCCUUAAACAUAUCAGAAUUCGCAAUACAUUGCGUCUUAGAAUAAACUUUAAAGUGUAUAAAAAAUCAAACCACAAGUUAUGUUUAAAAGUCGCUGAACAAAUGUUGGCCAGUAUGAGGAGUACAGCCUACAGUUUAAUUUUUUGCUCAUAUUACAGGCCACACCCGGUAUACAUUUAUAUAUUUUGAUAUUAUAUACAAUUAUUAUAUUUUGAUAUGUACAUUUGCUUAUCUAUAGUUAUGUUAUUGAAAUAUGUGUUAUCGAUCGAUGUACUUAUAGUGUCAGAAGUAGGAAAUAAAAAUAACUAUCUACCUACAUUUUUGCCUCAGUCCCAAAAUUAAACUAACUAUAACAAAUCCGAUAGGAUCAGAAAUUCACUUUCCUUUAUUCUUUUAUAUCGGUAUUAAUAUUUGGCAGUCCAAUUUUGUGUAAAAAAUGAAA